UGCUGACUGGCGGAUCUCAUCGGAAGUUGGUGCUAUUUCCACGGUGUGGUCAGUGGUGAAAAGUCAGUAGUCAUUAAAAUUGUAUAUUUUUCCUCCCUUUUGUGUGGUGUUACUAACGAUAAUAGAUAUGGUAACUAGAAACAUGGGUUUCUAUAAAGUGAUAUACUUAUAGCAUUUUUUGUGGUGGGUGUGUUUGUAGUCUGUAACACGGCCCCGAUUGUGCAGUGUGAACAUCAUGGCUUCGUCGAACAGGGGAAUCCAAAUAGGUUCAGCAUGGUUUCAACGCAAAAUGAAUCUGAGACCACAACAUAGAGGAGUGCAUUUAGUUACUGAAGAAAUUCUUAGGCAAAUGCCAGAAAUAUGUCAAUUUUCUGUCGGACUGUUUCAUGUACAGAUACUUCACACCUCAGCAAGUUUAGCACUAAAUGAAAGUUGGGACCCAGAUGUUAGGGAUGAUAUGGAGAUGAUGUUAAAUAAAAUAGUGCCUGAGGGUUUAAAUUAUAGACAUUCAUGUGAAGGUCCUGAUGAUAUGCCUGCACAUGUGAAGGCAUGUUUCUUAGGGUCAUCGUUGACCAUUCCUAUAACAGACGGAAAGCUCAACCUAGGAACAUGGCAAGGAAUCUGGCUGUGUGAACAUCGGGACCAGGCAGGUUCACGUAAGGUGGUAGUAACAAUCAACGGGUGUCUGCGGGACUCGUCGCGGUCACCUCUGAGUCCCGUGUCGCCCAUGGCCUCGACCAGCAGUUAAUGUCCAUCCUACCGUCACCGUCACAUCCCUCACUGUACAUACAGACAGCUCGGUUUGAAUCAAGUUUUUAAUAUAAGGUUAGAUAAUAGGAUCAUUGCCGAUAAGGGCGUACUCACUUUUGGAUAAUAUAAGUAUUUUAUAGCGAUGGAAAUAACAAAUUAUAUUUUAUGAAAUAACAGCUUUGCGCUUUGGCUUUACCCUGUUCAUCUAUUACCUGAGUGUAAAAAUGUUCAGCUGUGAGUAUAUGGAAAGUAUCGCACAAACUCUGAAUGAAAGUCCCUCAGUGAGUACCAAGACGAUUAAUUGUUAUAGUUGUUUUAAAUUGUAUCAUUUGUAAAUUGUAUUUAUUACUUGUUGCCUUUGUAUAUCAAGCGAAUAUGGUAAAUGGCUUUUGGAUUCCAAUAGUGCAUUAUUUCUAUAGACUGAUAUUCUUUUUAUUACUGUGCUUACAACAAAUUGUAGUUACCUGAAACAUUGAUAUUGAUUAUUUUCCUUUUAUAUUCUUAUUUUAAACCUCAUUUUAACUAUUUACAUUCCUGUGUUCUCUGACAAAUGUAGUGGAUUGCUGACAAUAAUUAUAUUUUUUGUAACUACUUGUAAAAUAAUGUAUGUAUGAUUGAUUGGUUUGUAAAUUGUAAAUAGGUAUGUAACAUGUUAUUAUUUUAUUUAGUUCUGUACUGUUGAUUUAUAACAGUUUGCUUUCACAACAGUUGCUGUAUUAAGCCAAUAUAGUUCUUUUCUACAGCCCUGGUAGUCGUAUAAAAGUGUUAAUAUUUCCUAAACUGUGGGCCAAAAAUAUUAGUUUUGGCAUAUAGCUAAAUAUUAAUAAUUUUACUUUCUCACUAAUACGUUGUAUGAAAAUAUAUAGUGUAUCAUUUUGUAUAAGAAAAUGUUUGAACUUAAGCGACAAAAAUUAAAUUUUUGCAAUUUUUAGUAAUGAUCUUGAGCAUGUUAAAUCGAUGGAAUUAUAUUCUAAGGCUGUCAAUAAAGUUGUUACCAAACUUC